GGGAGUUUGAAAGUUGGAUGUUGCCCACCCGGCAUGAGCAGCAAGAAACUAAGACGAGUGGGUUUAUCACAAGAGCUGUGUAACCGUCUGAGCAGACAUCGUAUUGUGACUUGUCAGGACUUCCUAGUUCUUUCCCCAUUGGAACUUAUGAAGAUGACUGGUCUAAGCUAUCGGGGUGUCCAUGAACUUCUGUGUGUGGUCAGCAGGGCCUGUGCCCCACCGAUGCAAACGGCUUACGGGAUAAAGAUACAAAAGUCUGCCAAUCUCUCAUCAGCAUUUCUAUCUACCACUCUUGCUGCUUUGGAUGAAGCGCUGCAUGGUGGUGUGGCAUGUGGAUCCCUCACAGAGAUUACAGGUCCACCAGGUUGCGGAAAAACCCAGUUUUGCAUAAUGAUGAGUGUACUGGCCACAUUACCCACCAACAUGGGAGGUUUAGAAGGAGCUGUCGUGUACAUUGACACAGAGUCUGCAUUUAGUGCUGAAAGGCUGAUUGAGAUAGCGGAAUCCCGCUUUCCCGGAUAUUUUGACACUGAAGAAAAGUUAAUUUUAACAAGUAGUAAAGUUCAUCUUUAUCGGGAACUCACUUGUGAUGAAGUUCUGCAACGGAUUCAAUCUUUGGAAGAAGAAAUUAUUUCAAAAGGUGUUAAACUUGUGAUUAUAGACUCCAUUGCUUCUGUGGUCAGAAAAGAGUUUGACACACAACUUCAAGGCAAUAUGAGAGAAAGGAACAAAUUGUUGGCUAAAGAAGCAUCUUUGCUGAAACACUUGGCAGAGGAGUUUUCAGUCCCAGUUAUCUUGACGAAUCAAAUUACAACGCAUCUGAGUGGAGCCCGUGCUGCUCAGGCAGACCUGGUGUCUCCCGCUGAUGAUUUGUCCCUGACGGAAGGUACUUCUGGAUCCAGCUGUGUUGUAGCUGCACUGGGAAACACCUGGAGUCAUAGCGUGAACACCCGGCUGAUUCUCCAGCACCUUGAUUCAGAGAGAAAACAGAUUCUUAUUGCCAAGUCACCUUUGGCUCCAUUCACCUCAUUUGUCUACAGCAUCAAGGAGGAAGGCCUGGUUCUUCAAGGUUAACAGAGGCCAUAGGGAUACUGUGACCUUUGUCUAGAGCUGAUGGGGGGUGUGAUUUGUGAAAUGAAACAGGACUGUGCUACUUGGAAGAAGGAAACGGAAGCCAACAUAAUGAGGAUUAAUUAGUUGAUUGCUGUUGAGAUGGUAACAGAUUUGCUCCUAGACCAUUGAGCCUGUGAUUUCGGACCUAGCAGGGAAGGUGUGGACGAAGAAGCCUUUGUUCAGAACUCAAGAUGUAUGUAAGGCUGAGGUCUUUGCACUUACAUAGCACCUUUCAACCAGGCACCUCAAAGCCGUUUAGCCACAUUAAUUAAUUAAAGCCCACAAUCUUCCUGGGGAGAGGAGGAGGGUGACUAACAAGAUUUGUAAUUACAGGAGGGAACAUUUCCGAAUAAAGUAUUGUCUACCAAAUAAAGAGAGUGGUGUAAAGGAA